AACCAACCUAACCACAGUACCACACUAUAUUUAAUUUAUCAGACAUUUUCCUAUUUUAAAUUUUACGUUUGAACAAAACACACUCACUCUACUAAUCAAUCUGACACAUUUUUUCCGACCAAUUUCGUCUUCUUCACAAAUCAACCAAAGUCCAGCAAACCCUAAUUUCCAAUGAUCUUCCCCAAUUUCUUCACGAUGAUCACUAUAAACUCAUUUCUAAUCUAAUUCAAAAACACAUUGAAUUUAUACUAGUUAUAAUCUGUGCAGAAAACUACGAUUUUUGAUCAUUUUGAUUUGUUGAUUGAAGAAAAAAGUAUAAAAAUGGCGUGGGAAAAUCCAUGUCAAGAAGCUACGAAAUCGAAGCCAUUGUUUGUUACUAUUUAUGCUACUGUGAUCAUCGGAAUUAUCUUCUCUUCAUUCUAUGUAUUCUCUGCUAUUUACUCGACUGAUUCUCCUGAUGCUCGAAUUUCUCUCUCCUCUUCAACUUCAAGAGGAGAUUCUUCUCUAAAAGCACCAAACUCUUCUCUGCCGACAGGUUUAAGCACGGGUUCAGUUUUUCCAGUCAAUCCUCAGAGCACAUCUUUGAAGCCUAUAUGGGAGUCUCCUAAAUCUAAGAAAAUGCCACCUUUGGACUCCUUUCGUUUGACGAAAGAGUUGGUGGAGGAGAGAGUGAAGGAUAAUGUUAUUAUAGUCACAUUUGGAAACUAUGCAUUCAUGGAUUUCAUCUUGACUUGGGUUAAACACUUGACUGAUUUGGGUUUGUCAAAUCUCCUAGUUGGUGCAAUGGAUACUAAAUUGUUGGAAGCGUUGUAUUGGAAGGGUAUUCCAGUUUUUGAUAUGGGAAGCCACAUGAGCACUAUAGAUGUGGGAUGGGGAUCACCAACUUUUCAUAAAAUGGGAAGAGAAAAGGUUAUUUUAAUCGAUUCUAUUCUGCCGUUUGGCUAUGAAUUACUAAUGUGUGACACGGACAUGGUUUGGUUGAAGAACCCCCUUCCAUAUUUUGCUCGUUUUCCUGAAGCAGAUGUUUUGACUUCAACUGAUCAAGUUGUGCCAACAGUGGUUGAUGAUAGGUUGGAUGCUUGGCAGCAAGUUAGUGGUGCAUACAAUAUAGGGAUCUUUCACUGGAGACCCACAGAAUCUUCAAAGAAGUUGGCUAAACAUUGGAAAGAGUUGCUUCUUGCUGAUGAAAAGAUAUGGGAUCAGAAUGGGUUUAAUGAUAUUGUACGAAGGCAGCUUGGGCCCUCUGUUGAUGAUGAAAGUGGUUUAGUUUAUGCUUAUGAUGGGAAUCUUAAGCUUGGGCUCCUUCCUGCCAGCAUAUUCUGUAGUGGACAUACUUAUUUUGUUCAGGCCAUGUAUCAACAAUUUAAACUGGAGCCAUAUGCAGUGCACACCACAUUCCAAUAUGCUGGUACUGAAGGAAAGCGUCAUCGAUUACGAGAAGCCAUGGUAUUUUUUGAUCCACCGGAAUACUAUAACUCUCCAGGAGGUUUCUUGUCAUUUAAGCCAACCAUUCCGAGAAGCUUAUUAUUGGAUGGAGAGCAUAAUGUUGAGUCACACUUUGCUCUUGUUAAUUAUCAGAUGAAGCAGAUACGAACUGUACUUGCUAUUGCAUCAUUGCUAAAUCGGACCCUGGUCAUGCCUCCAAUAUGGUGCAGGUUGGAUAGGCUUUGGUUUGGUCAUCCUGGUAUCCUGGAGGGUACCUUGACAAGGCAACCUUUUAUAUGCCCUCUGGAUCAUGUUUUCGAGGUGAACGUGAUGCUGCAAGACUUGUCACAGCAAGAAUUUGGUCCUCAUAUUGAUAUCAGGGAAUACUCCUUCCUUGAUAAUCCAGCACUGUCUGUAGAAGUGAAAAAAUCGUGGCUUGAUGUGCAUCUCUGUCAAGUGGGAUCAAAAGACUGCCAUGUUACCAAAAAUGUUAGUGCUGCCGGACUGCUCAGGUUUCCCAAACAUGGCAACGAAGAAACGUUCAAGACAGUGUUCUCCUCAUUCAAGAAUAUCAAGGUUAUAAACUUCUUAUCAAUCCAAAAUGCCUUCCUUGGGUUUGCUGACAAGGAGAGAGAACGGAAGUUCAUGAAUCGAGUUAAGCGAUAUGUAGGCAUAUGGUGUUGUGUGAUGAAUAACACUCCAGGCCAUAUAUAUUAUGACAUGUAUUGGGAUGAAAAACCUGGGUGGAAACCAUUACCACCACAAAAGCCAGAGGAUGAUCACCCUCCUGUAUAACUGCCUCAACCAUACAUUCCUCUUCCAAUAUGAAAACUUUAAAGGCAUUAUGACAAGAAGCACAGCUUGUAAUCAGCUGACAUAAAUCUAGGUCUUCUACAGUGCAAGGCCCACUGGUAAAUGGCAGUGCUUCCAUGCUCCAGCUGAGAGAGAGAUUUUGAUUAUUGCUGCAGUAAAAUGGCAGUGCUAGCAAUCUCCAAUUGAGAGAUUUUCAUCUAUUGCUGCAGGGCUAAUGGCUUUGCUGCAAUUCAGGCAUAUGAAGAUAUGUGCUGCUCUGUUCUAGGGUACGGCAAACAAAUUAUUUUACUAUUCUAGAUGUGAAAUUACUGUUGUAGGAAAUUUUGUUGAAUCAAUGAUCUUGGUGAAGAUGUUGAUCUGUGCAAAAGUUGUAUCUGGGCAUGUCUGUUAUUCAAUUAAUACGGUUUUGUAUGAAGUUGUAUCCUUCGUUCGAUGAUGAACAAAAAUACCGGUGAAUAAUUUGGCAUUUGGGGCAGAAAACUGCAUCCCCCGAGAUUUUUUGGAAAUAUAGACAUUUUGUAUUUUUGAAGUUUUUGUUUGAUCUAAGCAACCUAAGCAAUUAGAUCAUUUUUGGAAUAAAAAAUAAUUAAAGGAAGUAUGCAUACAAUAUCAUAAUGUGAUCAUUGAGAUGAACAGAAACAAAAUUUGUAUAAUCUGAUAAACUUCAAUUGGCAUAUCAACAACAAAACUCAAUUAGAGUAAUUCAUUCAGUAAACAAACUGAAUUUUACUGCAGCAAUUCGUCAAAACAAGAAAACUUCACAUUUCCUGCUUAUCUGUGACUGCCCUGCCAUGUUACUCUCGGAAAAUAGAAAACAGGAUAGACAAGCCACACGCCAUUUAUGUAUAUAUCUAUAUUGCAGUGGUCAAGACGAUGCCACACAACUGAGUCAGGCCACAAAAGAAAAAA